AGCCCACGGGGAAGCCGGCUCAGGCGCCUCAACGCUGCCAGGCCGCGCCGUGCGAAACCUGCCGGCAGGGAGCACCGAAAAGGAGAGGCGGGAAUGAAAAACGGAGGCAACCCCCGCCCCCGGGGCCCCUCCGCCGCAGGGCAUGGCCAGGGAGCUGCCGCCCCCUGAGGGGAGGAGGCAGCGCGGCGGUGGCCCGCGACCCUGUGGCGGCGGGGGCGGCGGCACGGGCCGGCCGGGCCUGCCUCCCCCCCCCCCCCCGCUCCUCCGCGGGUCACAUGAGAGGGGCGGGCGGCUGGGCCGAGGCGGCGGGUGCCGCUGGGGCUGAGGGAGGUCUGGGCGGAGAGGGACGGGGCAGAGGGCGACGGGGCAGAGCCGCGCGGCGGCGGCGAAGGAGAAGCGGCGACGACGCGCCGAGCGCUGCGGAGGGGGCCCCGAGCGAGUGGAGCGAGCCCCGGGCCUCUCUUAGCCGCGGCCGUUGCGGAGCGCCCUGCUUGCGGCCCCAACAUGGACGAAGAGGGCGGCGGAGGCGGCGGCGUGCCUGAUGACCUCUCCAUAGAAGAAAGAGAAGAGCUUUUAAAUAUUCGUCGCAGGAAAAAAGAACUGAUUGAUGAUAUUGAGAGAUUAAAAUUUGAAAUUGCUGAGGUUAUGACAGAAAUUGAUAAUCUGACUAGUGUAGAAGAAAGCAAAACUACACAAAGAAAUAAACAAAUAGCCAUGGGAAGGAAGAAAUUCAACAUGGACCCUAAGAAGGGAAUACAGUUUCUGAUAGAAAAUGACCUCCUGCAGAACACUGCAGAAGACAUUGCACAGUUCCUUUAUAAAGGAGAAGGAUUAAAUAAAACGGUAAUUGGAGAUUACCUCGGUGAAAGAGAUGAAUUUAAUAUUAAAGUUCUUCAGGCUUUUGUUGAACUCCAUGAGUUCGCUGAUCUCAAUCUUGUACAAGCCUUAAGGCAGUUUCUGUGGAGCUUCAGACUCCCAGGAGAGGCUCAAAAAAUUGAUCGUAUGAUGGAAGCUUUUGCUUCACGCUAUUGCCUUUGUAACCCAGGAGUCUUCCAGUCUACAGAUACAUGCUAUGUGCUUUCAUUUGCGAUCAUUAUGUUGAAUACCAGUCUGCACAACCACAAUGUAAGAGAUAAACCAACAGUAGAGAGGUUUAUUUCUAUGAAUCGUGGAAUUAAUGAAGGUGGAGACCUUCCAGAAGAAUUACUACGGAAUUUAUAUGAAAGUAUUAAGAAUGAGCCAUUUAAAAUUCCAGAGGAUGAUGGAAAUGAUCUAACACAUACGUUUUUCAAUCCAGAUAGAGAAGGUUGGCUGCUGAAACUAGGGGGAAGAGUAAAAACGUGGAAACGGAGAUGGUUUAUUCUGACUGAUAAUUGCCUGUAUUACUUUGAAUACACAACAGACAAAGAACCAAGAGGAAUUAUUCCAUUAGAAAAUCUUAGCAUAAGAGAAGUUGAAGACCCUAGAAAACCAAACUGCUUUGAGCUCUACAACCCCAGUCAUAAAGGUCAAGUAAUUAAAGCAUGUAAAACUGAAGCUGAUGGUAGAGUGGUGGAAGGCAACCAUGUAGUGUAUAGAAUAUCUGCUCCCACCCCAGAGGAAAAGGAAGAGUGGAUUAAAUCUAUCAAAGCAAGUAUCAGUAGGGAUCCCUUUUAUGAUAUGCUGGCAACAAGGAAACGAAGAAUUGCAAAUAAGAAAUAGAACAUGAUCAGCAACUUUUAUACCUGCCUCAACCUAUAAAUGAGCAUACAGUUGAAUGAUAAUGUAAAAAUUGGACAAAC